AUGGAUGAGGAGUACGAUGUGAUAGUGCUGGGUACAGGUCUUAAGGAAUGCAUCCUCAGCGGUCUCCUCUCAGUCGACCGUCUAAAGGUCCUUCACAUGGAUAGGAAUGAUUAUUAUGGUGGAGAAUCAACUUCACUCAACCUUGUUCAGCUGUGGAAGAGGUUUAGAGGAAGUGAUAAUCCUCCAACUCACUUGGAUUCUAUUAGAGAUUACAAUGUCGAUAUGAUCCCAAAGUUUAUAAUGGCAAAUGGUGCUCUUUUGCGUGUCCUCAUUCAUACUAAUGUUACUAAAUAUUUGAAUUUCAAAUCUGUUGAUGGCAGCUAUGUGUACAGCAAAGGAAAGGUUCACAAGGUCCCAGCCACUGACAUGGAGGCCCUCAAAUCUCCUCUCAUGGGUAUAUUUGAAAAGCGCCGUGCUCGAAAGUUCUUCAUAUAUGUCCAAGAAUACGAUGAAAAUGUUCCUAAAACACAUGAAGGGAUGGAUUUGACAAGAGUAACGACUAGAGAGCUCGUUGCGUAUCUAUUUUGUUGCUCUUAUUCACACAAUGUUGCUCCAAAAGGGAAAUUCAUUGCAUUUGUCUCCACAGAGGCAGAAACUGACCAGCCAGAGAUUGAACUGAAACCAGGGGUUGAUCUUCUUGGACCUGUGGAUGAAAUUUUCUUCGAGACUUAUGACAGAUAUGAACCAGCCAAUGAGCCCGCUCAAGACAAUUGCUUUAUAUCAACUAGCUAUGAUUCUACAACUCACUUUGAGUCGACUGUUGAUGACGUGCUGAAUAUGUAUACCAAGAUUACUGGAAAGGUUCUGGAUCUUAAUGUGGAUCUAAGUGCCGCCAGUGAUGCUGAAGAAUGA